UUGAAGUCAGACGGCGCAGCCCAAAUUACGUCAUCACCACGCGUCCAAGAAAGACUCGAGUCUGUACGGUCUCACACACCCUCCCUAACAAGACCAACAAAUUCUACUUGUAACUUGCAUGUCACCCAAGUUAUGUUGGCAAAAGCAGACGAAGGGAAGCCACAGAGAGGAGGAAGAGGAGGAGGAAAGAAGAGGAGACACCCUGCUGAAGAUGGAGAAAGUGGAGACAGGAAGCGGAGGGGAGGUGAAGAAGACGACAAGGGCCAGGGAGACGGUGGCAAGACGCGCCUGGACGCCCUGAGUGUGGGUUAUUUCCGCAGAGUUGGGGAAAGACUCAGUGAAGGCUUUGAAGAUAAUGAGGAGAAAGAGAUGUUUGUGGAGAAUGUUCUCACAGAAGUUAAAGGUAAAGCCGCCCUGGUGGCGAUGGACCGGACAGGGAGCAUCACUCUGCAGCGGCUGCUCCCACUGUCCAGUCCUGACCAGGUGGGGGAGGUCCUGGCUGAACUGGGUGGAGAAUUGGGGUCAGAGUUUAAGACGGUGUCCUGUGAUCGGUGCGGCGGCCAUGUAGUGGAGAGCGCAGUCAGACAGAUGUCCAGGUGUAUAGAGAAGGAGCCGUCUGCUACCACAGAAGAAGAAGGCGAGGAGAGUUGUGGAGUGUUGGAGGCGCAGGUGUUGUCUUUAAGUCAGGUGGUGAGAGACAACAGCGCAGAGUUCAUCAAACAUGUUCAUGGCUCACACGUCGUCCGCACACUGCUACAUGUGCUGGCAGGCUGCCUCGGACCCCCCCGCACUGAGUCUCGUCCAGGUGCAAAAGAACGCAACAUUCCUCCUCAGCUGACAGACUUUGAGAUUCCCACGUCAUUUUGGUACGAGCUGAAAAGCCUUACAGAGACAUUGAUGGACAACAUUAAUCUAAGUGUGACAGAUGCGGCUGCCAGUGCAGUGUUCCAGAUCAUGUUAACUGUGUGUCACAGAAAAAGGCCCAAACUCUGCAAACAGCUCCUUAAACGCAUCAUGGAGUACCUGACAAGUCGCAGCGCCGCUCCAGGAGUUAGUCCGCUUCUGGUCUUUCUGAAGGACCAGGCCUCCAGUCGCCUCAUUGAGACGAUGAUACAGUUAUCCAACAAGUCCCUUCUCCGUGACCUCUACAAGAACCACCUCAAGGGUCAGCUAGUUGACUUGGCCCUCCAUCCUAUUGCGAACUUCCCUGUACAGAGGCUAACUGCAGCCACAGCCAAAUACAAACUGUUCCUGAGGUUGUCUGAUGAGCUGAUUCAAGGUGUGGAGGCCAUCCUGGCCACCGGUCACAUGGGUGUGAUCAUCCAACUGGCAGAAAGCUGUGCAGAAAGUGAAGUGAAACAGGAAGAAUUGAUGCAGUGUCUCCUCCGUGCGUUCCACUGUGCUGAGCCCGGCUCUCGACACGUCAGCUGCCUCCCUCUCUUCAUGUCCCUGCUCACCUAUGAGGUGUAUUACCACUCUGACACAGCAGAGGGCAACAUACAGACGGAGGUCCCGUUGUCCUCCAUCUGUUACCAUGGUUCCCGACUGGUCCAGGCACUGGCCAGGUUCAAGGAGCGCUCACUCCUCCUCAGCAGCCUGCGCACUCUAACCCCGGCUGACCUCCUGACGUUAGCCUCUGACCCCUCAGGCAGCCACGUCCUCCAGGCCCUCAUCACCACAUCCAGCGACAAGGGAAGAGGCAAGAUCCUCAAGAGACUGGAGGGCCAGUAUGUUCAAAUGGCCUGCUCCAGGUUGGGUAGUCGGGUGCUGGAAGCUGUAUGGAACAGUGCUUCAGUCAGUCAGAGGCAAAGCAUCGCACAGGAACUAGUGCCGAGUGAAAGCCAGCUGAGGUCAGAUCAGUUUGCUCGCCAUGUGUGGGCCAAAUUUGCCCUCUCACACUUCAUUCACAGAAAACCCCACUGGCAGGAAAUACAGACCGGCGAGUCCAAGAAGCGGAAGCUCUUCAGUGACAUUCUUGAGUAAAAAAAAAAAAGAUAAACAUAUUUAAAUAAUCACUUUUGUUUUGUUUUUUUUUGUUUUUUUAAAUGAGAUUGGAUAAAAACAAUAAAACCUUUUAUUAGUGUGUUUAUUAUCAA